AUGAGUCAGUUCUUGCUCAACAUUCAAGGCAAAGUGAAGGAUCAAAACAACCUGAUUAAAAAAUUGAAUGAACCUUGUUCCCAAUUUCUAUCACUUUUACAAAUUGAAAUCUUACUAUGUUUCUUUCAGAUUGCAGCCAUUCUUCGAAGGCGGAAGUUAGAUUACUACGUUCACAAACUGCUUCCAGAGAUUCUCCAAUCGACCUCAUUCUUGACUGCAAAUGGUGGCUUCUACAUUAUGUUUUUCUGUAUCCUCAGGAAACUUCUUGGGAAAUUCUACAUAUGGUCUGCGGGAUUUGGUGCUGCUUUGCCUGCUUCCUAUUUGGCCAUUUUGAUUGAGAGGAAAAGCAGGCGAGGGCUGUUAACAAUUUAUAUGGCGAACUUGGCAACUGAAAGUAUAUUUCGAAUGGCAGUAACAAGGGGUCUUAUCACAUCAGUUAAACACGGAGAGGUCCUGUUGUUUUGCUUCACAGCUGCCCUGUACAUGUUCUUCUUCAGAUGCAAAGAUGGCCUCAAGGGAUUUGCUUUCUCAGCACUCAAGUUUAUUGUUGGAAAGGAAGAAAUUCCAAUACAUCCAGUUUUGGCAGAACCGCGGAAUAUCAGUGUACCCAGUGGUCAGACUACUGAGCACCAGGCGUUAGAAGAUCCAAACAAGAAGACCGAGAAGUCUUUUCUAGCCUUGACUAGACAACUAGUUGACAGAAUGUAAGAAAAUAUUUUAAUUACCAAUCAUGUUUUUUUUCUGUGUGAGACAUUACUUCAAUUGUCUAACAAUGUAAGCAUGAGACCAUAGGAAAAAUAUUUUUGAGCAAGUCAAGAUAACCUGUGGCACUGUUCAUUACGUUAUCUUUAGAGAGAGAACAAAGUUUUAGUAGACACCAUCUGCAUGGUCAAUUACGAAAUAGUUGGAUUUCAACAUCUAAAAUUUAAAAAAGAAAUCAAAAUCUAAACUCAGAAUUGCAAAGUUUGAAAGUUUAUUUGAUUCAGCUAAUACAUUGGGCGCUUAGGCAGAUUAGAAGUAGGUUGCAAAUUUAUGCAUUCUCCACAAAAACAAUGUGAUAACCAGUCCUUUAAAAAAAGACUUUCAUUUAAAGGGAGACUUACAAUUAGAUAGUGCCCUUCACACUUCAGGAGAUACCAAAGUGUUUAGCAACUAGUUUAAGUAUUUUUUGAACUGCAGUUGUGAUGCAUGUAGCACAGCAGCCAAUAUGCACGACAUGAGCUUCCACAAAGAGCAAUGUGAUAAUGACUAGAUUAAUCUGUUUUGUGCUCCUGAUUGAGGAAUAGCUAUUAACCAGACCACUGGGAAUAAAUCAUCAGCUUGUUUGAAAAAUCAUGCCAAGAGGUUUUUCGUCUGCUUUACAGGCAGAAAGGACCUCCAUUUAACAUUUAGAUCUGAAAGAUGGCGCCUGCAACAGCGCAAUACUGUUUGUACUGGAUUUGUGUGUCGGCAUAGAUCUUUGUGUUCAAGCCUUCUCACGUGGAGACUUCAGCCCCAUAACAUUUGAUUCAGAACCACAAAUGCUGCCAACGGAAUUUAAGAUUUUAGAUACAGACCAAUAAAGCUAUAUCAAACUGGCCAGAUGCCUGACUGAGGGUGAUAUAUCAUUCACUAUUUAGGAAAGGGAGAAUUACUUUAGUUAGUUCUUAUUUUUUGCUUCAGUUAGCUCAUCUUACAAGAGUUUGGUGUGAUUUUUGUUUGCAGCCAAGCUAAACAGGUCACUUAUGAUAUGAAGUCAUGAUUUUUUUUCUCAAUUAAGUAUAAUUUUACAGCAGCAUUGAUGUUGUGACUUUAGAGAUUGUCAACAGAUGUAAUUUUCUGUAAAGUGCAUGUGGGAUGGUCAAUGCAAAGUUUAAAUGUAAAUGUUUCAAAUAACAAGGGCAGAGAAGAAAAAGUAAUUCACAACAUGUAUAUAAAAUCAUCGUAAACUGAAAUUGUGAUUAAAUGGUGAAGUGUUACAGAAACUUUCUCUCUGACCUCUAAAUUAAAUGAAGAACUUU